AUGUUCGAGAACCUCUGCACCCUCCCUCUUUCGGCCGACAUCUUUGCCCAGGCUCUUCACCCCACCGAGCCGCUGUUGACCGUCGGCCUCUCCUCCGGUCAUGUCGAGACAUUCCGCCUGCCGGCCCCGGCAGACAAAGCCUCCGAUGCGUCGGGAGACGCCGACACUAGCAUUUCUUCCACCGGACGAGGAUCUAUUGAGAGCGCCUGGCGCACGAGACGGCACAAGGGAAGCUGCAGAGCCUUGGCUUACAGCCACGACGGAUCUGCUGUGUACUCGGCCGGCACCGAUGGUCUGAUCAAGCACUUCUCCCCCGAGACCGGAAAGGUCAUCUCCAAGAUCGCCAUCCCGUCCUCGAACAAGCAGAUCGACGCCCCGACCCUGAUGCACGUCCUGAACCCCCAGAGCCUCCUCAUCGGCUGCGAUUCCGGCGCCAUGCACAUCUUUGACUUGAGAGAUGGCGCGCCUGCCACCAAGCCCGCUCAAACCAACUUCCCCCACUCCGAUUACGUCUCUGCCGUCGUCCCUCUUCCUCCGUCCGCCGAGAGCACAUCCGGUUUCCCGAAGCAAUGGGUCUCGACCGGCGGCACCACACUCGCCGUCACCGACGUCCGCAAAGGCGUGCUUGUGAGGUCGGAUGACCAGGAGGAUGAGCUGCUGUCUGCAACUUACGUUCCCGGCCUCGGGCCCAAGAACAACCGGAACAAUGGCGUCGUUGCCGUCGGCUCCGGAUCUGGCGUCGUCACGGUGUGGGAUAGGGGUGCUUGGGACGACCAGCAGGAGCGCAUCAUCGUCGACGGCGGCAAGUCCGGCGGCGAGAGCCUCGAUGCUUUGGCUCUGGUGCCUCAAGAGCUCGGAUUGGGCAAGAAGCUGGUUGUUGGUCUCGGUGACGGCAGCUUGCGGGUUGUCGAUUUGGUUACUAGGGACGUCGAUCAGGUCGUCAACCUUCGACACGACGACGUCGAGGGUGUCAUCUCUGUUCUUUUCGAUUCGGAGAACCGCCUGAUCACCGCCGGUGGCAAGACAGUCAAGGUAUGGGAGGAGCUUUCAGAGCUCCAGGGAGAGGAGGAAGAGGAGAGCGACGAAGACAGCGAUGACGACGAAGACGGGGCGACCGGAAAAAGAGGCGCCGACAGCGAUAGCGACGAUAGCGACAGCGACAGCGAUGGCGGAAAGAGGCGAAACAAGCGACAGAACACAGGCGCUGCCGCUGCAGCCAAGUUUGGCCCCAUGGGCGCACACGGCAUUCUGGGCUUUGACGGCCUGGACUAA